AUGAUUGUGAUUGGCUGGAUGCUUUUUGUUGGACUUACAUGUUACAUGGGUACAUUUCCAGAGUUGGUGCCUCCAACUCUAAAGUGGAAAGAGAGGUGGCCUGUUCAGAAGAGCAAGGCACGACGGAAGAACCAGGCUUUGGAAGAAGAGCUGUCCCUGAACAAUGUGGAAGGGAUAUAAAUACCCUCCAGGAGGGACUCCUCUGGAAGUAAGCAAGGAUGAUCCUGGUGAAGUCAUGCAGCUCUGAAGCUCACCUGAAUAACUGUACAGUUCCUGUUGUUGGUUUCACAUA